GUUUCGUUCGUUAUGUUCCCCUUUAAAAAUAGCAAAAGUAUAAGCACGUGUACAGGCUAUUUGAACACAUUUGCCCGGAAAUGUUACAUGUCAAAUAAUUCGAUAAUUUCAGUGUUAUGAAUAUUGCAGCAGAUGAUGUCAAAGCAACGUAUAAAACCUUGGUCCAGGUUGUCUGCCAGCCAGAAUACUAGCCUAGACCUACUGAUUCGGUCUGCUUUGCUAUCAACUUCCAAUCAGGUUCCGCGCGUUUCAGCACCAUGGUCGGCAGRCUGCUCCUCCUCCUCUGCGCUACCUGCUCGGUGUUGGUGGUGCUGGCCAGCUCCCACGACUUUCUUGAAACACGCUCCCCUGAAGACUCCAUCAAGACACAAGAAGAACAAGAAUUGUUUGAAGCUUUACAAGAGGUUCUUGAAAAACUACAGAGUAAGCAGAUGCCGGCCUAUGAGAAGAAGUUGGGUUGGGUUCCCAUGUGUGAUGCUGAUGCGGGUCAGCAAUGUGCAGUUCGCAAAGGUGCAAGAAUUGGGAAGUUGUGCGAGUGUCCACGGGGAACAUCUUGCAACUUCUCCAUCCUCAAAUGCUUUUAGGGAAUCGAGGACGACAGCUACCAUCGGGAUGACUCAAUGUUGUAUGAGGACAAAUAGUGUAUUCUCAAAUCUUGCUGUUUUAGAUAUGUAAAUGUGUAAGAAUGGAAUAAACAUAACUUUUUUGAA